UCUCCUGCAGCUUAGGCACUGUUGCCCAUACCUCUCGAAACUUGACUGCUUCCCCUUCCCCGUCUCCUCUCUCUCUCCCUCCCCCUUCUUAUCCUCAGGCGACCUCCGAUCUGCGUCGUCCACCUUCCCUGCAUCGGCUGCGUUACUCCCCAGCUCAACUGGAAGAGGGAGGAUUGAGCAGGGGAUGGCAGAUAAUGAGGAAGGAGAGGAAAUGAAUACCCGUAGAAGCGAUUGGGAAGUUGUUUCCCUUACUGCAUCAGCAUACGCUGCUGCACCCAGUUCUGCGGAGGUUCAGCGAAAGGAUGAUGAAGCGGGUCGUACUUACAAUGAAGCUGAAACUUCUCGGGCUUUGUUCAUGUCCGGUCACUUUGUCUUUCCACCCAGUCAACAUGAGAACCUACCCCUGGAGCCUGAGCAUGAGAUUCGCGAAGACAGUGCAGGCAAAGGAGAUUUUGCUGAAUUGGGCGUAGAAGGGGAUAGAUCUGUGAGAAAGGGUGAAAAGGAUCAGACAGUAAGGAUCGUGCAUGAUGAAUUUUCAGGAAUGCAGUUUUUUGAUGAGAAGGGCAAUAGACUAUCUGUUCAAAAUUCGGAGUACAACCCCGACAAGGAGCAGAGUCCAUACAGUGCUACUACUCUUAGUUCCUUGCACAGUGAGACUGUCAGUGGUGGUGGCACCGUGCAUGCUGAUCCUACGCCAAAUGAGGUAGAAGAAGCCGAGGAAAGUUUCGAUCCAACUGCAGAGUCAUCGCAGUUGUCCAAGCCCCUGAAUGAGAAGGGUUACUUUGGGUCGGACCUUCCUUGCAGUGCUUGGUGGAAGAAAAGAGCUACUUCUUUGUAUGCUCACGCAAAAGAUGCAAAUGCAUUUUGGUCUAUAUUUAUUGCUGCAGCUAUGAUGGGCCUUGUACUUCUGGGCCAGCAGUGGCAGCAAGAAAGGUGGCAAAUGUUGCAACAAAAAUGGCAUUUAAGCCUCAAAGAUGAGAAGAUGGGCAGGAUGCUGGGUCCCAUAUAUCGGAUUAAAGAUGUGAUUGUUGGGGGGCACCGCCGGGGUUCACUCAUCAGGAGCAGCUCCUCGAGUGACAACUAAGAUAAUGACGAAAAGUUGUGUUAAUCUGCUGGUUUGGUUGUGUUCCAUAUGUUAUAUUUUUGUUUCCAGGUUACAAAAGAAAAGGUACAUAUUAGCAUUUGAUGUUGUCAUGCUUUACAUUGUUUAGUGUAUUGCCUACUUGCUAAUUCGUCGCGGCUUAAUAAGGUAACAGUUUGACCAUAAUUUGCUGCUCUAUCUUCCUUGCUGUGAGAUAUAUGAAUUCACUGGUCUGUCACUGUGUGA